AACGUAUAAAAGCACGGACCAGACAUUGUUCUAGCUUAAUCAGGUCCUGCCAUCAUGGGGUCUUAUGUGAUAACAACAAUUUUUCUCUUCUCCCUUUUGGGAUGUGGUCUUUCAUUUCGUGCUCGCGGUGCUCACGGGAAGCGACCGUUGGACUUCCCGGGUUCGAAGCGUGACUUUGACUACCCCGGAAAACUCGGCUUUGAGCACCGUAGAAAGCCCGGGUUCGAGCGCCCCGUAAGGCCGCGUGUGGAGCCAACCCCAACGGAAGUAGUCGAGGGUGACGUAGAGGUUGAAUAUCCAGACUUGAUAAGGGAGGAUGACGUCACGACGACGUUGCGAGAGAACCCAGUCGUCUGCGAGGUCUGCAAGUUUGUCGUUGCUGACCUGCAAAAACUGUUGGGAAACGACUCCUCCAAGAUCGUCGCUUUCCUGGAUUCACUUUGUGCUGAUCUUCCCGCUGAGUACGCCGCCACAUGCAAAGAAUACGUGGAUGGUUGGACGCCAUACAUCAUUGACUUCUUGGAGAAUUCGACCCCAGAUGAGAUCUGUGCUGAAAUCACCCUGUGCACUGCCGGGCAAACUGAGGUGGAUAGCCGUCUAGGAAUGCACCCCUUCGAUCGCUUUGUCAAGUUAUUCCGGAGGGUUAUCAAGACUCAUGGAGUGGACAAAAUCUUGAUGAGACACUCCCUUGGUAAUGACUACCUAUGCCAAGCCUGUGACGAGAUUGUCGAAGCUCUGUACACAGAGCUGAUCACUGAUCAAGUUUUGGAUGAGGUAACGGCUUUGUUGAAAGAGGUUUGCGGCAUGACCCCCGUGGCAGCAGAGUGCACUCAGCUAGUUGAGCAAUACAGCGCUGAAGUCAAAGCCCUGGCCAAACAGUACCUCAACAACCAGACAUGCGUAGCCAUUGGCCUUUGUCCCGGUUUUGAAGUGGACCCACUGGACUCCUUGAGCGGAAUCUUCGACGACAUCCUCCCAGACAUGGAUUUAUUUAAACCCGGUCGGUUCAGGCCCCGUCCCCGACCCCGUCCGGACAGCGAGCCAGCACCUAGAGAUCACCCCCACCGUGAGCACGAUCGGAACAGCACCCACCGUGAGCAUGAUCGGAACAGCACCCAUGGUGGAUUUCACCACAACCACCAGUACCAAGAGUACCACUACGGCAGACACCAUGGACACGGUCCCGUCAGUAGACCCCGCCCUUCUGUCACGAGGUGGUGGCUCCCGGGCUCAAUGCGCCCCGUCUGGCCACGCCCAUCUCACUGGGGAGGUCAUCACACCAGACCAACCGGACCACUUGACCCCAUGUCUCCACCGCAGAAACCCACCAAAACUUCCGAACCGAUGCCCGAACCGGAAACCCCUCGCCCGGAAACCCCUCGCCCAACCUUGCCCUUUGUCCCCAACCCGAAAGUCAUCCACCCCAAGAAACCAUAUCCACCAAAGAAACCAUCCACACCAGGGCUUCCAGAGGGCUUCCUGGGGAAAAACCCGUACCAAGUGGCAGAUUUUUGCCGAAAUGCACCUCCUAACCUUAAGAGGUUAGUGUGCAUCGUACCAAGGGGUCGGAGAUCUGUGGUUAUCAACACAAUCAAUACCGGCGAUCUGGACAACGGGUUCCCAUAUGAUGUCGAAGGUGAACUUGAACCCGAGGUGAAGAACAACUGGCAGUGUGACUCGUGCACAUACGGUGUUGAUCUUCUCCAAAGCUACCUGUUGGAACGUGCGGGAUCGUUCGAGGAGAAGCUGAUGAGAGUAGCCAAUGGUAUCUGCAACAAACUCCCACCAACUACUGUUGCUGAGUGCAAGACUGAGGUAGCCCGUAUGUUGAACGGCCUGGUGCUGAAGGUGAUUGACAGCUACGUCAAACCAGACGAAGUUUGCCCCCUCCUCAAUCUCUGCUAGAGAUGGUCUUGUUUAUUUCCAAAAGAAAUCAAAAUUUUAAAUAUUUUUUAUUAGAGGAAAGUCGAAUUUUGUGUUGUGUGUGAAAUGAUUUUGUAACCGCAUUUUGCUCAUUUCAUGGAUUGAUUAAUGUUAUAGUUUACCUUUAAUUCGCUGUAACUUAAACAAUACUUGGUAGAGAAAGAAAAACAACUAGUGAAUGUAAUUUUGUACAGGACGGACACUGCUCGAAACAGUUCUACAAAAAUAAACUAUGCACGCUUGUGUACCACACGUACAGUACAUACACAUGUACAUUGAUUUUUGGAAGACGUGUACAUCAAGAAAGAGAGGGCGCCCUUUCACCAUUCUAAAAAAAAAACACCCAAAAUCCAGACAUACAAUUAUGUGUCUGUGAGGAUGCUCAAUUUAAUUGUUCAGAUUUUAUAUGACAGUGAGUUACAAAAACCAUGAGCCCUUAUUAAGUAUAUCAUAGCUUGAAGACUUGCAGAUCUAUAAAGAGGGCGCCCUCUUCUAUAAUAACCGGACCAGUCUUUAAAAAAAUACAUUCAAUUAUUUGUUAUUAUAACUAUGCACUUCUUUUGUACUAGAAAUCUUUUUUAAAGACGUUUUUAAAAAAUAUAAAUUUCAAACUUUCAAUCGUUAGCAGAGAACAAAACAGUCAAAACCAUUUAAGAAUUGGAGGCUUAGUAAACUUGUUAUGACGUUAUCAUUCUUCCACAACUUGUGGAAGUUACAUUAUUUUAAUUCAUCGUUGACAUCAAUAAACAUAAUUGGCAAAUUAAACAUUUGAUUAACGUACACAAGCCACAUUGCCUCCCUCGAUGCUUCAUUUUUGUUUUCCUUGCAAAGGGAAGUGACCAGAGCCCAAUUCCAUAAGGUGCUUAGCAGAAAACACUGCUUAGCAAUUUCUUUCGCUUAGGAAAAUUUAGUUGGAUGGCACCAAUGUAUUGUAAACCGUAUUGACUUUUGGCUGGUAGGCUAACCUGUGUUUUCAGGUAAACAAGAUACUUCUAUGGCUUAGUGCUUUUUGUGAUUUCAAGCUUAGUUCACUUGCACAGAGCAAAAGCAUCGUUUGACAUUUUAUUUUACCAAGCAUAAAGGACAAGGGCACCAGUGACACCAAUGUUUAUCAUUUGGACUUUUGGCAGGUAUUCUGUUUCAGCUGAGCAAUUUAGUUAUGUGCUUAACACAUUUUUAUGACCACUGGCUUUAUAAAAUUGAGCAGCAUAGUACAUUGUGAUUCUAACUUGGCUUUUCAUGUAGUAUUUUCUCUAAACACAAUUUUUGUAUUUUUUGAUAUACCCCAAUUUUAUAUUAAAAUGUAUUACAUCAACAUGAAA